GCUCCGGCCUGAGCGCCCGGCGGCGGGCGCGGGUGUCCGGGGAUGGGGCGCUUCGAGCCCGCGCUCCUCCCUGCGCCCGGAGACGUGCCCGGAGGGUCACGUGCCCUCGGCGCCUCGGGUUUGAAAUGAUAGGUUUCAGGCUGAGUUGAGGGCAGCCUGGUAGGAAAGUUGCUGCAGCAAGAGGAACUUGAUCGGCUCGUGGUCCGCCUUCCGCCCUGGCGGGGAUGGACUUGCCCCAGAGGACCGCUUCCCGCGCCAGCGAGCCGGGCGCCCGGAAGCCCGCCGGGGGAGCCCCGGUGGGAAGGGUUCUCUUGGCCGUCCGGUCACGUUCUCGAGCAUCGUCCCAGACAUAGCAGUUGGUACAAAGCGGGGAUCCGACGAGCUCUUCUCUGCCUGUGUCACUAACGGACCCUUUAUCAUGAGCAGCAACUCGGCCUCUACAGCAAAUGGAAAUGACAGUAAGAAGUUCAAGGGGGACAACAGGAGCGCAGGCGUGCCCUCCAGGGUGAUCCACAUCCGGAAGCUGCCCAGUGACGUCACCGAGGGAGAGGUCAUCUCCCUGGGGCUGCCCUUCGGGAAGGUCACCAACCUGCUGAUGCUCAAGGGGAAGAACCAGGCCUUCAUCGAGAUGAACACGGAGGAGGCUGCCAACACCAUGGUGAACUACUACACGUCGGUGACGCCCGUGUUGCGCGGGCAGCCCAUCUACAUUCAGUUCUCCAACCACAAGGAGCUCAAGACGGACAGCUCACCCAACCAGGCGCGGGCCCAGGCGGCCCUGCAGGCAGUGAACUCGGUGCAGUCGGGAAACCUGGCCUUGGCCGCCUCGGCCGCGGCGGUGGACGCGGGGAUGGCGAUGGCAGGCCAGAGCCCCGUGCUCCGGAUCAUCGUGGAGAACCUCUUCUACCCGGUGACCCUGGACGUGCUGCACCAGAUCUUCUCCAAGUUUGGCACCGUCCUGAAGAUCAUCACCUUCACCAAGAACAACCAGUUCCAGGCGCUGCUGCAGUACGCCGACCCCGUGAGCGCCCAGCACGCCAAGCUGUCGCUGGACGGCCAGAACAUCUACAACGCCUGCUGCACGCUGCGCAUCGACUUCUCCAAGCUCACCAGCCUCAACGUCAAGUAUAACAACGACAAGAGCCGUGACUACACACGCCCCGACCUGCCGUCCGGUGACAGCCAGCCUUCGCUGGACCAGACCAUGGCUGCAGCCUUCGGUGCACCUGGUAUAAUGUCAGCCUCUCCGUAUGCAGGAGCUGGUUUCCCUCCCACCUUUGCAAUUCCUCAAGCCGCAGGCCUCUCUGUCCCCAACGUGCACGGGGCCCUGGCGCCCCUGGCCAUCCCGUCAGCGGCGGCGGCGGCGGCGGCUGCGGGCCGGAUCGCCAUCCCAGGCCUGGCGGGGGCAGGAAACUCCGUCCUGCUGGUCAGCAACCUCAACCCCGAGAGAGUCACACCCCAAAGCCUCUUUAUUCUUUUCGGCGUGUACGGCGACGUGCAGCGGGUGAAGAUCCUGUUCAACAAGAAGGAGAACGCCCUGGUGCAGAUGGCCGACGGGAGCCAGGCCCAGCUGGCCAUGAGCCACCUCAACGGGCACAAGCUGCACGGGAAGCCGGUGCGCAUCACGCUCUCCAAGCACCAGAACGUGCAGCUGCCCCGCGAGGGCCAGGAGGACCAGGGCCUGACCAAGGACUACGGCAACUCGCCGCUGCACCGCUUCAAGAAGCCCGGCUCCAAGAACUUCCAGAACAUCUUCCCGCCCUCGGCCACGCUGCACCUCUCCAACAUCCCGCCCUCCAUCUCCGAGGACGAUCUCAAGAUUCUUUUCUCCAGCAACGGCGGCAUCGUCAAAGGGUUCAAGUUCUUCCAGAAGGACCGCAAGAUGGCGCUCAUCCAGAUGGGCUCGGUGGAGGAGGCCAUCCAGGCGCUCAUCGACCUGCACAACCACGACCUGGGCGAGAACCACCACCUGCGGGUGUCCUUUUCCAAGUCCACCAUCUAGGCCGCCGCCAAGGACCAGCCUGCCGGGCACCCGGCGACAACUUCCAUCAUUCCAGAAAAAAGCCACUUUAAAAAGCAGCUGAAGUGACCUUAAAAGACCAGAGAUUUUAUUUUUUUAAAGAGAAAUCAGUUUACCUGUUUUUAAAAGAAAUUAAAUCUAAUUCCCUCGCUCACCUUGGGGAAGUGGGGUGCCAGCCUCAUGCCCUCGGGGACGGCGGAGGCCCCGCCCGGCCGGCCCCGUGCCCGUGCCUUCUGCAGCCUGCGCGGCGGGCGCUUCCAGACCUCCCCUUGGCUUUCUUGUGCCUUAAACCCGCCGCUCGGGCAGGGCCUUCCUGGGGUAGCAGCCGGGUAGGGCUUUGGGGGCCCGCGGGGCCAGCCUCCCGUGGGAUCAUGUGUCUGCCGUGCUGGGGGGCCGGGGGCGGCCGCCCCCCGUCCUUUAAUCAAGUGUGUGAUUUCCCUCUCCUCCCCCCCCGUUGCUUGUUCAGCCUCGUUUCCACCGUGAUCUCUGUGUUACGCUUUGAUGCAGCUGCGGACGCCUGUGCCUAUAGCAACGUUUCCAGUUGACCAAAUAUUCUACUCUUCAUUUAUAUGCAAAAGAAAUAGUUUUAAGUAACUUUUUAUAUAGCAAGAUGAUACAAAUGGUAUGUGUAACCUAAAUUUCCUUCUCGUGGUAUGACCUUGUAUACUGUACUUAUAUUUUAUCCUUGUCACUGAGUCGCAGGGCAGGAUCUAGUUUCCAGGGCAGACACAGCGGGGCCGGCGCGUCUGCGACCUCCCGAUGCCUUACUCACCCGACUGUCCUCUGUCCCGGAGGACACACGCUCUUAAACGUUCAGGGUUUCUUUCCUCCUGCAAAUUUUGGACCAAAGUUUUGUUUCUGUUUUCUGUCUGCCUCUAGUGCUGGGGCCCCAGGAGGUGGGGGUCCUCCGGUCUCCGCCGCCUCGUCCUGCCCUCACGGGUCCAAAGGGGCGCCCCGCGCAGGCCCUGUGCUGGCCGGCCCGCCCUCGGGGCCUGGGCCUCGAGUUUGCAGGUGGGGUGGAGCAAGGGUGUAAAUAUUUAUAAUUUUUUAUACCUGUUGUAAGACGUGAGGGGCAGCAACUGCGGUUUUUUAUGGUGACACAGAUGUAUAUUUUGAUAACAGCAAUUACAGGCUCAGUAUUGUAAGGAGCACGGCAGGCGCUGCCCGCCGCCGGCUUGUGAUGCGGAGAGAACUGAAUUAAAGCGAUUUUAUAACAACGACUACCUUUUCUGUAGGCUCUUCUUUCCUGUGCCCUGUAGACGGCAGCCUGGCCAGCCUGUAUUGGACUGAAUAAACGCUCUGUACCCUGCA